AGGAGGGAGAGAGAGAGAGAGAGAGAGAGAUCCACGAUCAUUGCCAUUCACAACCAUCCUCUUCUUCCUCCUCCUGCUCCUGCUCAACAUCAUCAGUGUUGUCGUGAGAGCGGAUCGUACGACGGCAUUUAGCAGCAAGUGGCUUGUUUUCAGCUUUCCCCCGCAGCCAUGACGAAAGAGGAGAGCCUGGAGAUGCAGGAGAAGGAAAGGCAGGACCGCGAGGAGCAGGAGGACGGCAGGGUCCAAAGAGAGGAGGAUGAGGAGCUGACGGAGGAAGAAGAGGAGGACGAAGAAAGAGCCCGAGAUGAAGACGAGCGCGGCGGGGAGCACGAGGACCGGGGGGAGCAGCCGGCGGCAGACGAGUCCUCGGGCAGAGAAGGCGACGGCGCGGCCGACGAGAGCGAGCCGCCGUCUGUGUCGGCGCUCCAGAGUCCGGUCCGCGAGACCCGACGUCGAGCCAUGGUGCACCCUUCUGCGCAGGCGCCCCUUCCCAAAGACUACGCCUUCACCUUCUUCGACCCCAAUGACCCGGCCUGUCUGGAGAUCCUCACGGACCCCCGGACCACCAUCCCGGAGCUGUUCGCCAUCGUGCGUCAGUGGGUGCCCCAGGUGCAGCACAAGAUCGACGUCAUCGGCAACGAGAUCCUGAAACGCGGUUGCCACGUGAAUGACCGUGACGGCUUGACGGACAUGACGCUUCUCCACUACAGCUGCAAGGCCGGCGCGCACGGCGUCGGCGACCCGGCGGCGGCGCUGCGCCUGACCAGCCAGCUGAUGUCGCUGGGCGCCGACGCCAGUUUGAGGAGCCGUUGGACCAACAUGAACGCCCUGCACUACGCCGCCUACUUUGAUGUUCCCGAACUGGUCCGGGUCCUGCUGAAGGCCGCCAAACCCAGAGUUCUCAACUCCACGUGCAGCGACUUCCACUACGGCACGGCUCUGCACAUCGCCGCCUCCAACCUGUGUUUGGGGGCAGUCAAGUGUCUUCUGGAGCACGGCGCCAACCCCGCCGUCCGGAACGAGAACGGGCAGGUCCCCGGUGAGGUGGUCCCCGACCCCAUGGACAUGAGCCUGGACAAGGCCGAGGCGGCCAUGGUGGCCAAAGAGCUGAAGCGGCUGCUCCUGGACGCCGUUCCGCUGAGCUGCAACCUUCCCAGAGCCACGCUGCCCAACUACGACAACAUUCCGGGCAACCUGAUGCUGUCCUCGCUGGGCAUGAAGCUGGGGGAGCGCGUGGUGCUGGACGACAUGAAGGCCGGGACGCUGAGGUUCUGCGGCACCACAGAGUUCGCCAGCGGGCAAUGGGUGGGCGUGGAGCUGGACGAGCCGGAGGGAAAGAACGACGGCAGCGUGGGCGGCGUUCGCUACUUCAUCUGCCCGCCCAAACUCGGGAUCUUUGCUCCGGUGUCAAAGAUCUCCAAGUCUGCGGAACAGAACCUUUCUUCCGUCACCUCCACGCCUAGGACCCCCCGCACGGACCUGGCCUCGCGCCUCGCCGGGAAGACCAAGAAAGGCAAAAAGGAAAAAGCCCUGAAGAAGAAGUCGUCAGUCGUUAGUCUGGACCCAGAAGGACUGAACGCUGAGGUCGGGGAUCAGGUCUUGGUGGCCGGGCAGAAGCAGGGCAUUGUGCGCUACUUUGGAAAAACAGACUUUGCGCCAGGUUUAUGGUUUGGCGUGGAGCUGGACCGGCCCACCGGCAAACACGACGGCUCCGUGUUCGGGGUGCGCUACUUUAGCUGCCUCCCCAAAUACGGCGUGUUUGCCCCACCCUCCAGGGUCCAGAGGAUCGGCGGACCCAAGGAGGGCUCCCGGAACGAACAGAACUCGGCGGUGAAGAAAGUCCACCAAGUCACCAUGUCCCAGCCCAAGCGUAACUUCAACACGGUUCGUUCCGCCAAAGAUCUGACCUCCGAGAGCUCCAUUUCGAGGUUGCUGUUCUGCUGUUGGUUCCCGUGGAUGCUGCGAGCUGAGGUGCGGUCCUAACUGCGCCCCGCGUCCCUUCUCCUCCUCGUCCUCCAGCAAACCCAACACUGUCGUUGUCCAACCUGACAAAAGCCUUUUGUCCCUCGCUCUCAGCUCACGUUCUUCUCGAGUGUUUCCUCGCACUCUCACGUUCUUCUCGCUUUGCCGUUGGGAAAAAUCUGUAGUGCCUUGUUGAAAUGUUGAGCAGAUGUUCCGCCUUCCCGCUCCAGAAACCCUCGCCGCAGUCGCCCACAAACUCUUCUCUCGCGCUUAGCACCCCGCCUUUCUAGCUCGGCUAACGUUAGCUCCGACCGCCGACCGGCGCGUGUGCUACGAGCGACAAAAGCGCCCACAAAGCAGUUUGCUUUCAGACAACAACUGUCCAAAGUUUUGACCGAAAGCGCUCAGCGAGCCAAAACUUCAAUUUGAAAAGUCCUUCUUCAGCCUUGACGUUGCCGCCUUACUCUUGAGCGAGUUUUUUGUUCCGGAUCUUGCCAAACGGCAGCUUCCCGUUGGUCGACCUCUUUUGUUGCUCUCCAACAAGCGGCAUGGGACGUUUCUGAAGGCCUUGCGAACUUCACUGAUGACCAAGCCCUCGGCAAGUGGACCUUACCCCAAGUAUGUCUUUGAAAGUUCCUUCUUGUGGUCAUUCGGACCGUCCCAACUCGAGACAUCAGCCGCUCUCGCCCCGAUCCCGGAUCCGCUCGUAAUUCGGCGCAUUCGACCACUCGGUGUCGCCGGCGAGUCGCGAGUUUGCGGUUCGUCGUAUCUCCGGUGAGCCACCCAGCGGCGUACGUCAAGCCCUCGCUGGUACGCCACCCCCUUGGCCAACAAGAGCUUCGCUUCAAGUCGACCAUUUAGCCUCACUUGACAGAUUGGUUUAAUAAGUACGGCCGAAGCUGUCCGGAUCACGUGACGGACGUCUUGUCAUUAUUCAUGAGUGUAACCCCAAAGGCCGAAGCUAAAAACAACGGCGUACGUAUUAUUUGAGAAGAUUGCCGAGUGGGCUUCUGGUUCCCAGUUCUUCUUCUUCUUCUUCUUCUUUCUAUCUGAUGCGCGAGUGCGCGUCGGUGCGUUCCUCUGGUUGACUGCAUGCUGUGCACCGUGAUCCCCGUGGACUUGCUCAUCGUCUCACGUCGUCUUUAGCAUGGAAACGCAUCCACGAAUAGGAGCAACUUCUGCCGUUCGCUCAAUAGUAGCCCAAAUAAAACCGUUGAUGUUGGUGUCAUUUU